AGGAGAUGUGGUUGGGAACUGAGGAUGGGCUUUUCUGUGCAGGAAAGUUUUGUGCGGCCCAAAACUCAUCGAUUCGAACUCUGCGCGCAGAAUCCUCGUCGGUGAUUGUUGAUAUUGCGAGUAAUACUCUUAUUGUUCACGGAAUAGACAGUCAACACUGCUUGGAGAAUCAUGAGUGCCAGAAGUCAAUGGCUCGACAGACUGGAUGAACUACACACCGCGCCAGAACCCACCCCCGAACUGCGCAAGCAAGCCGAGUCAGAAGUCCUACAAGAUCUCUCCCUGCAUCCUCCUUCACAAACAUCUCUGCAUCCCUCGAUCCCCGCCCUGCGCGACUCAAAAUUCACACCGCUGAUGCAGGACGCGCUCGAGCAACUGGCCAAGGCCGACGGCGACACAAGCGUGCUGGCCGGGAUUGAUACGUCGCGGUACUCCAGCCUGGGGAUGGACACCGAGGAUCCCGAGCAGCAGAAGGCCGAGCUGCGGAAAGUCUACGUCGCGCUCGCGUACACGCAGAUCCGGAAGGAGAACCUGGAUAUCAUGACGUUGCUGGGGAAGAACCAGUGGCUGCUGAGUAACGACGAGCUCGAGCAGGAUUUACGAGCGCUCGAGUCGGAUCUGGUGGCGGAGCAGAACGAGGCGGCGUUGAUUGCACGGCAAGCAAAGGGCCUGUAGAGCUGUUUUUGUAAAAUCUAGUGAUGUACGAUAGGAGCGAAUAAAUCAGA